AUGGUAGCAUUACAUCUUGGGAGGACUUGGCUGAGAAAUUCACCACCAGGAUGGAGGAAUAUCCCUAAUUUCUCUUGGAGGCAAGGUAACAAUGGGCAAGUAAGUGGCUUUCAAAGGCAAUUUCCUAGCCAGGGUUUCCAAGGCCAAGGCUCAAGGCAGCCACAAGAGAGAGUAGAAGGUGAAAGUGGCGGUUCAAAGAAAAGCUUAGAGGAGUUGGUGGAGACUUUCAUCAACCGAACGGAGAAUAAUUACAAAAAUCAAGAAGCGGCUAUUAAGAACUUAGAGAAUCAAUUUGGCCAGCUGGCAAAGCAAAUAGCCGAAAGACCUCAAGGUAAGUUUCCUUCCGAUACUAUCCCCAAUCCCAAACAGGAGAAUGCCUCUCUAGUGACUACUCGAAGUGGUAGGGUGAUGAGUGAAUUGAAGAAAAAAACAAAGGGUAAAAAAAUUGAGGAGAUAGUUGAGGGAGAAGUUGUGGUACCCAUCAAGACUAAGGAAGUUAUAGACCCCACUCCUAAGGUUAGAAAGGUCCCUUUUCCUAAGGCCUUGACUAAGAAAAACAUAGACAAGAAGUUCUCAAAGUUUGCGGAGGUUUUCAAGAAACUCCACAUUAAUAUCCCUUUUGCCGAUGCAUUGGAGCAAGUGCCCAUGUAUGCUAGGUUCAUGAGGGAUAUCUUGUCUAAGAGGAGGAGUUUAAAGGGGGUUGAUGAGACGGUAAUGUUGACAGAAGAGUGUAGUGCUAUCUUGCAGCGUAAGAUGCCAAUGAAAAGAAGAGACCCCGGAAGUUUCACUAUUCCGGUGGAGGUUGAAUGGAUGGCAGAAGUAGAAGCACUUUGUGAUUUGGGGGCAAGCAUCAACUUGAUGCCGCUUACCAUGUUUGAGAGGUUGGAUCUAGGAGAGGUGACACCAAUAAUGCUUUCUUUACAAAUGGCGGAUCGGUCCUUCAAGACACCAUAUGGGAUUGUGGAGGAUGUUAUGGUGAGGGUGGACAAGUAUGUGUUCCCCGUGGAUUUCGUUGUGCUUGACAUGGAAGAAGAUGAGAAUAUUCCGCUCAUUCUUGGCCGACCUUUCUUAGCUACUGGUAGGGCUAAGAUUGAUGUCGACAAGGGUCAUCUCAUCCUUCGUGUUGGUAAGGAAAAAGUAAGAUUCUCUGUUUUCAAUCCCAUGUUAGAGACUAACCAUGUUGAUGACUUUGUCUGUGAUAUGAUCAAAAGUGUUCCAAAGGUUCAAGAAGAGACCCCCAAGGUGGAAAAGAAAGAUGACGAGCUCCCUUCGACUCUCAUAAAGCUUGUGAGUGGUAACAAGUAUGGGGGGUCAAAGUACGAGAAUCUCCAUGCACAUAUGGUGAAGUUUUCCCUAGCAUGUUCACUUGGCAAGAAAGAAGGGAUGAGUGAUGAUGAUUUGAAAAUCAAACUUUUUCCCCACUCCUUGACCAAGGGAGCAAGAGCAUGGUUUGAUGAGCAACAAGGAAUAACCUCAUGGGAGGAUUUGUUUCGAAGGUUUUGUGCAAGGUUCUUGCCUUGCGAUUGUGGUAAGUCAUUCGGAAGUAAGGAAUUUCCUUCCUAA